UCAGAUCAAAUCAGGGCAAGAUACGACAGGGUAGAACUAGCUACUUCACCCUACAAGCUUUAUCUCUUAUUUUAAAAAAGUUUAAAAUUCAAAAUGAAUUGGUGUACUUUUCUAAUAGGAAUACUAACGCUGAACAGAGUUUCUACUCAAUUCAUUCUCAAUUUAAGAGUGGGAAUAGUGGUGUUGGAAAAUGAUGCCGAUUUCGAAUGUGAUUAUUCAAACUUAGCAAUCCACGGAGUUUCUAAUAUAAAAACUAUUGAAUUUUUAAAAAAAAACACUUCAAUUCACAUAAAAAAUGCUACUGGUGAUUAUAGUUUUGGAGAUUAUGUUGGAAGGAUAAAACCUGUAAUUAUUAAAAGUGAUAUUUCAACGAUAACUAUGGAAAAGGCAACUUUCAGCGAUAAUGAUUUAUAUAGCUGUCGAGUUGAAACUGUAUUAAAUGGAACUGAAACUACAGAUGCAAAUAUGGAUGUUAAAUAUGUUGGAAAAGGCGGAAAUACAAUAAGCUUCUUGGAUGAAAUAGUAACGUCAUCGUCCUGUUCUACAAUCGAUGUUGAACUAUCCAAAGUAAUUACUGUUAGUUGUAAAUCUCCUCAAACUAUUGGUGAAACUUCAAUAACUUGGACUAGUAAUAAGACAGAACAAACUUUUUCAAAGACAACCGAUUCUCAACCUCUAGAAAUUGAUAAGUAUAACGCAACGAAUGGUAUUGUAACAACAGCCCAAAAGAAUGUGAUAGUUACAAAAAGGAACGAAAUUAUCGAAGUUACUUGUGAGUUUCAUUUACCGGAUAAUACAACUAAAAUUACAUGCGCUAAAUUAAGGGGAGAUCCUUUGAACGAAUGUUCAACAAGUCCUUGCAAGAAUGGCGCCACUUGCGUCGAUCAGUUUAAGAAUUUUACGUGUCAAUGCCCUUCUUGCUAUGGAGGGAAUACUUGCGAGAUUGAUAAAAUUGAUGAAUGCGCAAGUAAUCCUUGUCCGUCCAAAUCAACUUGCGAAAAUUUAUGCGAUGCCUAUAAAUGCACCUGUAAUGUUAACUACAAAGGACCACUCUGCGACAAACAUUCGUGGAAAGAUGAAGCUGACAAGGAAUUAAGUACUGAUUCAGUUUUUGCGAUUCAAGCUAAUUUCUUGACUGCAAAACAUUACUAUUGUAAUGUUAAAACUGAUGAAUGUAUAUCAAAGUCACACAUUAGAGUUUCCACCUACUAUACCAUUCAUCCAAACACUACGGAAAAGAAAAAUAUAGAGAAAAAAAUAGGUGAUAAAGUUGAAUUAAAAUGUACUGGUGAGGGCAGUCCAACUCCUCUUCUCUUUUGGAGAUUUUCUGCUGAAGCUCAAGAUGCUGGUGGAAAUGUCACUACUCCUGAACCAACUAAAGCGUCGAUUGUUACAAAUAAGACAAUCAACUCAACGACCUACGUUAUUGACAAACUUUCUAAGGCAGACUUUGGAAAAUAUGAGUGUGUUGCUGAGAUUGGACAGACUAUUAAAAAGGUUAUUCAGAUUCUCAAUCUAAAGGAAGCACCUUCGGAGGAUGACAGUGGUCUUAAAUGGUGGAUUAUCCUUCUUAUAGUUCUUGGGAGCGUUUUGUUAGUGGCAGGAAUAGUUAUUUUGAUUGUGGUAUUGUGCAUUAAGGGUGAAUGCCCCGAAUGUUGUACUUGUUGUAAAUUACCUGCAAUAUGUCCUGCUGAGAAGUCGGUUGAAAUCUCGAAAAGAGAUCCUGCAAAUGAACCAAUGAAAAAUCCGAUUAUUAAAACAGAAACUGUAAAUGAACAAGAAGAGAGAGAUAACGAAGACGGUCUUACUUCAACAGGAAAAGGUUAUCAUUUACCUCCAUCGUAUACAAAACCAGGAGCUCUACCUCCAUUACCAGCAGCCAAUCCAGUAAGUACUCCCCCUACUACUGUUAGAGAUUUUCAAUAUAAUUCUGAGUUAUGUUUACAGGAAAAGAAAAGGAGAAGAAAAAAGAAGAAGCCUGUAGAUACAGUAGACGAGGGAGAAGAAGAUGAAACUAGAGAAAAUGCAGACUAA